GAAAUAGACUUUGUUUCCACAUUGAAUGCACAGCAACUCUCAGCAAAUGCGCCUCAAAAUGAACACAUACAGUUGGAGUUAAAAUGCUGAGGCUCACGUGGAGACAUGGAGAAGACUCGAGAGCGCUUCAAGCAGAACAAGCCCUCGUGUGAAUCACUGAGGAAGAGGAGCUGCAUUCUGUACAGCACAGAUAUCAUCACAACACCUCAAACACUCAAAUUCUUUGGCAUCAGCAUCACAGUUUUCUCGGUCGUAUUCCGCCUGCUCAACUGUGUCCUGCUCCAGACCAGCUUCGUCCCGGAUGAGUACUGGCAGUCGCUGGAGAUUCCCCAUCGAAUGGUCUUCAGUUAUGGCUAUGAGACGUGGGAAUGGAAGGAAGGCAUCCGGGGAUAUUCUUAUCCUCUCCUCUUCGCUCUGAUGUACAAACUCCUGCAUCUGAUGAAUUAUGACACAGUUUAUUUAUUGGUGUUUGUGCCGCGUGUUUUCCAUGCGCUGCUGGCUGCGUGUGCAGACGUGAUGCUGUACAACCUCGUCCUGCGGUGGGAAACUCCAGAUGUGGCCAAAUGGACAUAUUUCUGUCAGCUGUGUUCAUGGUUCACCUGGUUCUGCUGCAGCCGGACUCUGACCAACACUAUGGAAACGGUUCUGACCACCCUGGCGCUUUGCUUUUACCCUUUACCCGGCUCCAAAACACACAACAGGUGGGUCAUUCUUUGUCAACUCAACCAGAAGUCCCCGUAUUUCUGUCAGCUGUGUUCAUGGUUCACCUGGUUCUGCUGCAGCCGGACUCUGACCAACACUAUGGAAACGGUUCUGACCACCCUGGCGCUUUGCUUUUACCCUUUACCCGGCUCCAAAACACACAACAGAGAUAUCGGGAUCUCAGUGCACCUCCAUACUCUGUGUUCUAUGGAAAGUUUGCUGGCACACAAGGAGUUCCGGUUUGUUUAUCCCGUGCUGCCGUUCUGUAUGAUAUUUAGCGGUGUGUCUCUAGCGAAGCUGCAAGCGUGGAGGAAACCUGCUGCUGCUGCCCUGCUGCUCUUCAAUCUGAUUCCUGCGUUAUAUACGGGUUUGAUUCACCAGCGUGGAUCUCUGGAUGUCAUGCAUGACCUGCGGCAACUGUGUGACCCCAGCGACUCUCAGAGCUCACCUGAGCUGCUGUUCCUCAUGCCGUGUCACUCCACACCGCUCUACAGUCACCUGCACUGUCCCCUCAAACUGCGGUUCCUGGAGUGUCCACCAGAUCUCACGGGAAAUAAGGAGUAUGUGGACGAAGCAGACAUGUUCUUCUCCAACCCUCUUCACUGGCUCCAAACAUCCUUCCCAUCUCAGUCCACGUUACCUUCACAUAUAGUGCUGUUCGACGGCCUGGAGAAGGAGAUUUCAUCAUUCCUGGAGGAAAACCGAUUCGCCAAACAAGCUGAAAUAUUCCACACACACUUUCCUGAAGGUCGAGUGGGAAGGAACAUAUUAAUAUACACGAGAGGAUCUGCACUGAAGAUUAAUUAAAGUUUGAUUUUUUUGAACUGAUUGCAAACUUUUGCAAAAAGUUUUGUUACACUGUCUCUUUCAUUUCACACUCCAGUGUAAGAUCAGAUCUCUUUCUGCUCAAAGCAGGAGGACAAUCAUCAAUGAAGCAGUGAAAGACUUUUAUUCUAAAGUUUUAAGUGCAACAUUAAGCAGUUUAAGUGCAUUUGUGUGCAAUUGCAUUACAGCCAUUUCCAAACAAGGAAUGUAAUUUAGCCGAUAACCACACAGACAAGA